ACAAAGACACUGUCAUUUGUUAGCAGUGGAUGCAUGCCUCUUCCAUUUCCUCCCCAACACGUGCAAGUGUUGCGUGCUCUCCUUCACUACACUGUCAACAAAGAACUUCGUAGAGGUCGAGUUUUGCACGCUCGCAUUCUCAGAAACGGUUUUUUCUCCUUCACUCACAUUGCCAACGCCUUCAUCAACCUCUACACGAAGUGUGGUCACUUCGCAGAAGCCAACCUCGUAUUCGACAACAUCGUUCACAAGGACGUCAUCUCAUGGAACUGUCUCAUCAAUGCAUUCUCCCAACAGCAAGCCUACGCCUCUUCUCACGUCAUGCGUCUCUUUCGCCGUAUGAUGGCCUGCACCACCCUCCCCAACGCCCACACCUUCACCGGCGUCUUCACCGCCUCCUCCAACCUCUCCGACGCCAGCGCCGGCCGCAUGGCCCACGCUCUUGCCGUCAAAACGGCCUGGUCCGAUGACGUUUUCGUUGCCAGUUCGCUUCUUAACUUGUACUGCAAAACGGGUCUCGUUGCGGAGGCGCGUGAGCUGUUUGACGAAAUGCCUGUGAGGAAUGUGGUUUCUUGGGCUACCAUGAUUUCUGGGUAUGCUUCCAAGGAGUUUGCUUAUGAGGCUUUUCAGCUCUUUGAACUAUUGCGUCAUGAAAAAGAGAGUGACAAUGAAAAAGAUUUUGUGAUCACUAGUGUUCUUAGUGCUUUGACGAGUCACGUGUUUGUGGACACCGGAAGGCAGGUUCAUUCUCUUGCGAUGAAAAACGGGGGUGUUUGCUUUGUCUCUGUGGGGAAUGCUCUCGUGACGAUGUAUUCGAAGUGUGGGAGCUUGGAGGAUGCGCUCAAGACUUUUGAGUUGUCGGGGAAUAAGAAUUCGAUCACGUGGUCGGCUAUGGUUACUGGUUUUGCUCAGAGCGGGGAUGCGGAUAAGGCUCUGAAACUGUUUUAUGAUAUGCAUCGCUCUGGAGUUUUGCCCACUGAGUAUACUCUUGUUGGGGUGAUCAAUGCUUGUAGUGAUGCUUGUGCUGUUGUGGAAGGGAGACAAAUGCAUGGGUAUUCCUUGAAGCUGGGUUAUGAAUUGCAGUUGUAUGUGAUGUCGGCUUUGGUGGACAUGUACGCGAAGUGUGGUAGUAUAGGGGAUGCUCGGAAUGGUUUUGAGUAUAUUCAACAACCUGAUGUUGUUCUUUGGACUUCAAUCAUAACGGGUUAUGUACAAAAUGGGGAUUAUGAAGGUGCUAUGAAUUUGUACGGUAAAAUGCAGAUGGGGCGAGUUAUCCCCAAUGAUUUAACUAUGGCUAGUGUUCUAAAGGCUUGUUCUAGCUUGGUGGCUUUAGAUCAGGGAAAGCAAAUGCAUGCCGGGAUUAUUAAGUAUGGUUUUAGCUUGGAAGUUCCGAUUGGAAGUGCUCUUUCUGCCAUGUAUGCAAAGUGUGGAAGUUUGGAUGACGGAUGCCGCAUCUUUUGGAGGAUGCCUUCUAGAGAUGUAAUUUCGUGGAAUGCAAUGAUAUCCGGACUUUCUCAAAAUGGUCGCGGCAUUGAAGCCUUGAAGUUGUUUGAAGAGAUGUGCUCGGAGGGAACAAAGCCCGACAGUGUCACAUUUGUGAAUCUUCUCUCUGCUUGUAGUCAUAUGGGUUUGGUGGAAAGAGGGUGGGUUUAUUUUAAGAUGAUGUUUGAUGAGUUUAACAUUGCUCCUACAGUAGAGCAUUAUGCUUGCAUGGUUGAUAUCUUGAGCCGUGCUGGACAACUAAAUGAAGCAAAAGAAUUCAUUGAAUCAGCAACAGUUGAUCAUGGUCUAUGUCUGUGGCGCAUAUUAUUAGGGGCCUGUAAGAACCAUCGUAACUAUUAUCUUGGUGCUUAUGCUGGAGAGAAACUAAUGGAGUUAGGCUCGCCAGAAUCGUCUGCUUAUGUGUUGUUAUCGAGUAUAUAUACGGCUUUAGGAAAAUGGGAAGACGUGGAGCGUGUCAGGGGGAUGAUGAAGACCCGAGGGGUGACUAAAGAACCUGGUUGUAGCUGGAUUGAGUUGAAAAGUUUGACCCAUGUAUUUGUUGUUGGAGACAAUAUGCACCCACAAAUUGAAGAAAUAAGGUUGGCGUUAAAACUGUUAACCAAGUUAAUGAAAGAUGAAGGAUAUCAACCUCUUCUUGAUCCAUUACUUCCUAAAAUUAUCAGUGAUGAUUUGAAAGAUCAAGAAGGCAGCGAUGAGAUACAACUCAGGGUUUGUGGUGGCUUUUAGAUUGAUGAGAUCAUCAACUCAUGCCCAAUGAUGGCAUUUAACCACUGAGUUGCAAUUAGUGCAUUGGUGUUGCUGUCUUGUGCUUUUUUCUGGUUGGUUAGCUAAGAGGAUUGUCAAAUCAUGAAGAAGUAUGGCAAUUUUCGAGCCAAUGAUUCAGAAUCUGGCCCACAUCCAAAAGUUUCAAGCUGCGACUGUUAUGUGCAAUUCAUGAGCUCGUUGGUCAGGCUGUUCAUGGGGCACAUACAUGAUCAGGAACCAGAAGAAAGAGGUCAGUAGCUAUUUAAUCCUCUUAGGUCAACCAAUCGGACCCUAAGAGUGAAGCGGAGAGUCAAUUAACAAAUUAUACUUGCUUCUGUUCCAGCUAUAUAAUGCGCUGGGUCAUUUGCACUUCAGGCAACUAAAUGUGCUAUUAGUGCUAGCAAGAUCUUAGACGACUAGGCGUUCUUUUGGUUUGUUUAAAUAGACCAAGCUCAUAUUGUCAUAUAUGCCAAAAAGAAAACCUAAGGUCAUACAUAGAAUUACUACAGCCCCAUCAUGGACCGUAAAACCCAGCACCUAAAGAAUACUUUUGGAAAGAGGAGGUAUGCAUAAAAUUCAAGAUGUAUACACUGAUUUGGUAUAACGGUAAAUUUCUGUUUCUUGAUUUUCGUAUUGUUGCUUUAUGUGAAAGUUUCCACACA